ACCACUUCUUUAUUCCGCAAAACACAUCCAAAAGUUUAUGAAAAAUUUAGAAAAAGAGAGAGUGUGAAGGGGGUUAGGAAAAAAAAAAAAGAAAAAGAAAAUAAUAAUAAUAAUAAUAAUGAUAAUUAAAAAAAACAGAAAACAACUAUUUUUCGCUCUCCUGCGAUCAAACUCAAUUCAACGGCCUCCUCCUCCACCUCCACCUCCAGCUCGAGCUCCCGAGAGAGAGAGAGAGAGAGAGAGAGAGAGAGAGAGAGAGAAAGUAAACACCGCCAAGUGGUGGAGUAGCGCUCUCUCGAGAGAAAGCUCUAGAAAUCCCCCAGCGCUACGAGGUAAGCGUCGCCGACUCCUCCGAUCCAGCUCCUCAAUCUCUCAAUUAGGGUUUCCGAAUCCCACCCCCAUUGUUUCGCUCCCAAUUCCUGGGAAUUAGGGUUCGCGAUGAGAUCCCUGCGCCGGCGAACGAGCCGGGGAUCGGGCGGUAAUGGCGAAUUAGGGUUUCUCUGAUAGGUGGAAGAAGAUGCUACAGCAGCCUCCUAGGGUUAACCUUGCCGAGCUCAAGUCGAAGAUCGCGCGCCGGGUCGGGCCCGAUCGGGCCCGGCGCUACUUCGGCUAUCUCAAUGCCCUCCUCUCUCAGAAGCUCAGCAGAGCGGAGUUUACGCGGCUCUGCCUCGCCGCGCUCGGCCGCGAGAACCUCGCUCUGCACAACCACCUCAUCCGCGCUGUCCUUGCCAAUGCGUCCCACCCGACGCCGCCGCCGCAUUCGCUAAUUGCGAGAGCAAAGAAUUCCAGUUGCGAGGGGUUUAAGAUCAAGCGGUAUAAUGAGGAUGUUGUCAGGGAGAAUGGCGAAAUUCGAGAGAGCGGUGCCAAGCGGUCGCGGAUGGAGGAGAAGCUGACGCCUCAAGAUGAGGAGGAGGAAUUGAGACGGUCCCGCGGUCCUCUGCGUGCCCCGCUCGGGAUACCGUUCUGCCCCCCGAGUGUCGGCGGGGCCCGCAAGCCCCAGCUGCCGUCGGCAGUCGGUGGAUUCGGCGGUUGCUGUGAUUGCGGUGAAUUGUGCGAGACCGAGGUGCUGAAGAGAAGGAUGGAGAGAAUAGCCCGAGCGCAGGGGUUGGGAGGUGUGGGGAUGGAUUGCGCGGAUGUUUUGAAUAAUGGGUUGGAUGCUUAUCUGAAGCGGUUGAUAAGGUCAUGUGUUGGCCUGGUCGGUGCGAGGUUUUCCGGGCAUGGUGUGAUAAAGGAUUUGCGGCCGCCGGCAAAGCCGAUCAAUGGCGUUUGGCUGCCGAAUCAUGUAAAUGUGGAGAGGGGCCGUGGGUUGUUGGAGGCCGCACAUGAGGUGAGAAAUAAUCAAGGACUGAUGGCGAUAUCGUUGCAAGAUUUUAGAGUAGCAAUGGAGGUAAACCCACAGCAGCUUGGGGAGGAUUGGCCGUUGCUACUGGAAAAAAUAUGCUUCCGCUCGUUUGAGGAAUAAGAUCGAUUGAAGUAAAAUUUAUCUGGUUCCAAGAAACUUGUGUCUGGAUGUGAGUUUUUUGGUGCCUGAGGGCUUCUGUUUGGGCCUACUUGGACGAAACGACACCGCACAGCUUAGUGGUGCAAAAUGGAAGGAUUUCAUGGCUUGGCGUGGCAGGAAAAGCCUUGAAGAUCAUGCUUUGUGCUUGGCACGUAAGGGAGAGUAUCUUAUGGUCAAUCUGAUCCGUCUGUUGUAUAUUUAGCAUUUGUGAGGAGGCAGCUGCGCCGCAAUUGGUACUUCUGAUUUAUGUCAUCUAUGGAGGGGAGUAUUUUCUGGUCAAUCUUUCCAAAGAAAAGAAUAUAAUCCGUCUGUUGUAUAUUCAGCAUUUGUAAGGAGCAGCUGCGCCGCGAUCGGAGCUUCUGAUUUAUGUAGUCUAUGGAGGGGACCGACUCCGGAGACGGUACUCCAGAACAACUUUUUUGUGUAAAUUAUUUUAGAAUAUUCUGCUUUGGUUGUCUGUUGUAUACUGAGCAUAUUUAACCAUACUCAGGCUAGAAGUUAUAGGUCGAAACUCUUGUCAUUUUCUUACAUCCUGUGUAAAGACACCUCCUGUUGUAUUCUAUAUCUUUAUUCUAGUCAGAUUAUGGAGAAGGGGUUAUCUGGAAAAAAAAGGAUAGCAUACCUUCAAAGAACACAUUUACAUGUUUUUGGAUUUAUUUCCCCUUGAAAUGCUGAAAACAUAGGACUGCCCUUCUUCAAACUAAAAGGCUUUCUCAGUAAUGAAAUAUUUAUGUUCAAAUACCAACAAUGUUCUUUGGUUGAGAACCAGACUGAGAAAGAAGCCAUAGACACAACAAAAUAAGGAAGAAUGAGAGUAGCUGGUGCUUCCAUUUGUUUUUUAGAGAUCCUCUAUAGUCCCUGGUUGAAAUUCCCUUCUGUCAUGUGCAUGGACAGGGCCCAAAAGCCCUCCCUAUCAACAAUUAAUGCAGCCGGAUGUAGCUGUAGCAGUUGCUAGGACUGUGGUCGACUGAAAGAAUUGCAAAAUCACGUAUAUUGUCUUGAUUUUGCUGUAAUGGUUUGAACACUUGAAGCACUCACAAGAGCAACUAUAAUUGCAGCUCAGUGGCUUCUUUCCGAGACUCUAAAGAAGCUAUGGAGCUGAACUCACAGUAACUCAAACAGGAGUGGCCUUUUCUGCUUAUGAAGUUUUGCUUCCAUUAUUUAAACAAAUAAGAUCAUAGACGGCCAAGUAUUCUGGUUCGACAAGGAAAUUGUGCCUACAGGCUUCUAUUUGGACUAUUAUGUACAGAAUAACAUAAUUUGGCUCAGUAUGUACAGAACCACAUCACACAGUUUGAAGACUAAGUUGGAGGAUUCAGUGAGGAUCAGGGAUGGAAUAAUUCUUAGGAUUGGGCAGUUGGUCCCACAAUCAAGCUACUCUCAAUACAAUCUGGCACGAUCUAAAGUCUAGUCACAGUCUGGUCCAUUUUGUUGUAUGUUUAUUAUUCUUGAGGAAGCAUCUACAUCUAAAAAUCUACCUCUGUGUAAUCUAUGGCAUGAAGCUGACUCUGAAGACAAAUCGGCUGAAUAAAUGUUGUGUAACUUAUAGGAGAAUGUUCUGUAAGUUCCUCACUUCACAUCCUAUGCAUUAAGAUUGCCAAAGUUGCUAGAAGGGUUUCAAUACCAUAUUCUUUGUUUUUCUAAUUAAUUUUGUGUUGAAUCUCCUAAUCAUUCAAUAGUUUGCUGCAUAAUAAUGAAUAAGUCAUCAAAGUUGCUACAUGAAUUAUUCAUAGUUUCAGAGACUGCCCUUGGGGGAUUUCAAUGACAAAUUCAUGGGCUUUUUUCCCCUGAUAUUCUAAUAUUCAAUCUCCCAAAUUCAUGGAAUUUUUUCUUAUUAGUUUAAUAUUUAGUCUCCCAACAAUUCAAUUAUUUGCUGCAUAACAGUGAAUAAUGCCAUCAAAGUUGCUACGUAGACCAUUGACUGUGUUGGGGACUGCUAUGGGAGUUUCAUUUCCAAUUUCUGUUAUUCUUUUGACUAAUUUGUUUGUGGAUCUCCUAAUUAUUUUACAGUUGAUCAUUCGGAACUUUGUUUUGUGUGUAUGAUGUGUGAGUUACUGAUUUUAGUGUACUUCCUUUCUUUCUCUAUUUAUCUAUAGCUUUUCUCUAUUUGGAGUAUUCGCAUAUGGUUUUAGGCCUACUUCUGUAAUGCGGUGGCGAAAAGCAGGUUGCAUGCCUAUGCGGUUCCAUCCCAAUUCAUAGCAUUGGAGGGGGGCAGUGCUUUUCAAUUUUUUGGGCCUUCCAAAGCAUAAAAACAAUGCUUGUAGCCAUCGCAUUACCAAACAAGGCCUUAAUGCUUUGUCUGUAUUUAAUAAAUUCUAUAUGGUAAUAUGCCAUGAUGCUUGGUGUUUCCGCCAAAGGUAUUUUCAACUUUUAAUAUUGAGCUCUUGAAACUACAGCUAAUUAGAAUGCUUAUCCUUUUAUUUGGAAUCUCUUGGUGUUUCCGCCAAAGGUAUUUUUGACUUUUAAUAUUGAGCUCUUGAAAUUACAGCUAAUUAGAAUGCUUAUUCUUUUAUUUGGACUCUCUUUGUAUUCAAUAUGUCUCUAUUGUUUUCCUUUAGUUGAUCUGUCAUUGUUCUAAGUGGUAUUUGAUGGUAAUAAAUGUUUGGUUUUUUUCUAAAAAAAUUAAUUCAGCUCUUACAAACGACUGAAAUAUGACUUGUCUGAAAACUACAUUAUGGCCAUGUUUGGUUCAUGAUUGAAAUGGAAAUGGGAAAUGGGAAAUGGAAUAGGAAUGCAUUGGGAUAGAAAAUGGAAUGAUGAAUCAUCAUUCCAUGCUUUUAUUUCCUUUUUCUUUUCUUUUUUGAGGUGAUAUUAUAGUGAUCAUUUCUACAUAGUUGUAAAUUCAAUAAGAGUAUAUCAGACUGAUAAAUGCAGGGCUUGAAGUAAUGGCAUAAAGUCUUUGUUGAUUAUUACAUUGUUAUCCAACAUAAACCUUCCAUAUUAUCCUGUUAUUUUAUUUUAGUAAAAUUUUGAAAGACAGCAUCUGAAGAGAAGAUAGUUAUUGAUUAUGAAAAAGGAUGAUUGUAUGUCAAUUUUCGUUUCCAUGAGCUAUUGCAAAACUAUGGCAACUCUAACUUAAUUACAUUAAUGUGAAUGUAUCUAAGGUUUUUUUUCACUUUAAUUUCCACACUUUGAACUCGAUGAAGCUUAAGGCUAAAAUGCUUUUUCUAUACAAUGUACUUGACGAAUGGUCCAAUUUUUAGUUAGUUGAUGAAGGGCAUUAAGUAUCCAACUGGAACCAGACAAGCAGCUCUUCAACUGUUUUUUUGUCAUCAUGGUUGAUAUUGCGUAUAAGCACUUGUGACUUUAACAUGCCUAUGCGUUUUAUGAACUUGUUCUUAUCAGAUUUGAGUAUUAUUUUCCUUUCUUUUCUCUCAAUAAUGUAUAAUCAUUACAGGUCUAUUUAGAGUAUCUUUUUUCCAUUGUAAUUAGUGUGUUUUUAGAAAUUCUCAUUCAGGAUUACAAGAUCGACCAAAUUCAUGUUGUAUUUCAUUGGAACUUCAGUUUUAAUGGUCGUUUUCCAAUCUAUCUAUCCACUCUAUUGUAUUUACCAAUCUAUCUAUCCACUCUAUUGUAUUAUUGGAUGAUUUGUACAAAUUCUCUGACAAAAUUACAAUUUGCCAAUUUUCAUUUAAACUUAAACAAGGGGUUUAGUUGUCAUUGGAUGAAUUACUAUGUUUAUGUCUAGUUACUUCUUUCAUGGAAUAUUGGUGCCUGGUCCUUCAAUUGGUACACACAAAUUAAAUCACUGUUUAGAGAUUUGAUCAGAGUCAUCAGACAUUUAUAUUUUUGUGACAUGAUUGGAGCAUGCUUAGACAAAUUAUAAUUUCUGUUACAUGGUUGGUGCGUGCAUACAUGAUUUACAUAUGCGCAUGUAAUCACAUUUGAUUAUGCUACCUGUCCGAGCAUGUUUUGACAUGGGCAGGUACCCAAGCUUGCUCCAUGCAUAGGUUAUUCCAAAAUUAUGCUAGAAUCAGAUUGAUAUUGAAUACUUUUUGGUUGCUUAAUUUCCUCUUAGUUUACUUGCUUCUGGCAAUAUAUGUAUUUAUUCAUUAUAUAUAAAGUGUGUCAUGUAUGUAGGCACUCGAUAUAUGUGUGAAAUAUUUUUGUGUUUAAUCUUCUGCAUAUGAGAGAGCAUUUGAUAUGAAAAUCAACAGAAUUCAUCUUCUUCUAUGUCUCCAAAGAAUUCUGUUGUUGGAAUUUCAGUCGCUUACGGAUAAAAUCCCAAGUUGGUGAAAUCCCAAAUAUCUUUGAACUAGUAAUGAGUAGCAGAUUGGCACUAAAUAAUGAAUAGCUUGAAACUUGGAAUAGCUUGGAACAGCCAAUCUGGGGAUAUCUUUUUGCGUCCUUAAAAUGUGGGACCAAGCUAAGUGACAGUAAAGGAACAUUAGAUUUAUACCUUUGUUCUCUUUGGUUUGUUAUUACUUGCAUGGAUAGAAACUCAAAUUGAUAAUUCUCAAUUUGCACCAUUCAAUAUUUUCUGAAGCAUCUAAAGAUUUGGAAUUGCAGAUGUAUCCUAUCUGUUCGUUGAUCAUUAUUCUGUGAAUAACUUGGAUAUUGAUAAGUUCAUUUCUACUCUGCACUUGCACGUUUGUGUAUUAUCAUUGUUAUUGUCAAAAGCUUUUUCAGGAAAACCGGGUGCUCAGGUAGUGAAGGAUCGGUUGAUAACCAUUCAAGAGAAGUUGUUAGCACAAUCUUAAAAUCGGACAAUUGUCAUCUCAUGUGAAGGUUGUUUUCGCUUCUGGAAAGUGCUCAGAAACCCGUCUAAUUACAUUACUGUGAGGCAUCACAAAAAGUUAUUGUAUAUUCAAGGUAGUCACAAGCCGUUCAAGCUGCAAAGUUACAAGACAACUGCAUCAAGUUCCGGCAUGUGCAACAGUGGACCACCCCCCCUCCCCCACAAUUCACAUGAAUCUUUUGUGCUCUAUCUAAAAAGACAGGCUGGCUGAUAAUUCUAUCUCUGUCUUAGUACUAAUCAGCAUGAUGGACCAAAACCCACUUUUGGGUGAUUUUGAUCUGGAAUCCGGAUAGUUUGACUCAGAGAACGAGUAGAUGGGCCUCUUUCUGCGUUUUUCUACAACAAAAUUAUAAGAAUUUUCCUCCUUGUCAAAUGAGUUGCUAUAAGCAGUGGCAAAAGUAGACAAAAAUAUUUAAAAAGGAAAAAAAAAAAUAUGGUAUCAAAGCGUAAGGUUCUCAUUCUCAUUUUGUUGGGAUGCAUAUGAUCAUCUUAUUCCGUAUAUAUUUUGUUUUAUUCAAAA